AUGGCGACCCGUGUCGAUGCGAAGCUGUUACGGCAGACUAAAUUCCCGCCAGAAUUCAACCAAAAGGUGGAUAUGACCAAGGUGAACAUCGAGGUCAUGAAAAAGUGGAUUGCGGGAAAGAUCUCUGAAAUUCUAGGAAAUGAAGAUGAUGUCGUGAUCGAGCUAUGUUUCAACCUGUUGGAAGGUUCUCGGUUUCCCGAUAUCAAAUCGCUACAAAUCCAGCUUACGGGAUUCCUGGACAAAGAUACUGCCAAAUUUUGCAAGGAACUAUGGUCGUUGUGCUUAAGCGCGCAGCAGAAUCCUCAGGGUGUCGCCAAGGAGCUUCUAGAGGCGAAGAAGCUGGAGCUUAUUCAAGAGAAGAUUGAAGCAGAAAAGGCAGCGGAAGAGGCUCGGAAGAAGAAGGAGCAGGAGCGCACGCGGGAACGGGAGAUCGAGGAGAUAAGACGCAGAGAACGCUCAGACAGAGGCAGGGGUGGAAGAAGAGGCGGAUUUGUUGGCCGGGACUUUGAGCGACGUCGGUCACCACCAAGGCGUGAGCGCUUUCGGGACCAGCCUCCGAGGCGAGAGUUCGAUUCGUACGUCCCCUCCGGUCCUCGCAGAGGCCGUCGGCCUUCUAGGUCACCUAGUCGCUCACGCUCACGCUCACGAUCUGUGUCAUCUUCCCGAUCGCCGCCGCCGCCCAGGCGCCGCCAUGACCGCAACAGACGUCGUCGAUCAGUUAGUGAUCCCGUUUCACCCGACCGAAACCGCCGGAGGCAGAGGAGACGCAGUCCUGAUUACGGUGAUCGAGCAAGAUCCAAAUCCCGCAGUGAUUCCUCACGCUCACGUACUCCCAGAAGAGACCGAAAGCAAAGAUCCGUUUCUUCAAGCCCAUCGCGCUCGCCCCCACCCCGAGACCGACGCAGGCGAAGGGAUCCGUCUGUCUCAAGAUCCAGGUCUCGAUCGCGGAGCCGCGACAGGAAGCCCGGCCGGCGCAGAUCGUCGCCUUAUGCACGAGAUGACAAGAGAGAAUUGACGGCUAAUAUUGCAAAGGGCCACAGAACCCGUGACGAUCGCCGUUUGAGUCGCAGCAGAGAUCGCGGCGGGGACCGUAGGCGCCGGUACUCGACUCGAAGCGAGAGCCGCAGCCGCAGCCGUAGCCGGAGCCGGAGCCGGGGGCGUUCUUCCAGCAGGAGUAUUAGCCCGAGACGUCGUGACUCUCGUAGCCGCAGCCGCAGCCGCGGAGACAGAAAGCGACGCCGCUCCAUUCAGAGAUAUGCUCCCAUCGCGCGACGACGGCGCAACACCUCUUCUGUAUCCGUCCAUACUGGGAAACGACAGAGAAUGGCUGAUCAAGACGAUGUUGCGCCCCGCAAGUCAAAGUCCCCGCCUCCCGAGACUGAGAACUUAAAGAGUCCUGCUAAAGAGCGCACCAACCAUAGACCACGAGCUCCAGCACGCAUCUCCAGCACCGAGCUACGAGAGAGAAUCCUCCGCGAGAGACUUGUGGCCAUGCGUCGAAACGGAGCCACUUCGAACGACAAGGUAGGUCGUAAAUCGUAUACUUCAGGUUCCGAACUCCACGAGGCCAGGGCCAGACCAGUCCCCAACCGCCAGGAGUACUAUCCUCCUUUCUCGGCUCCUUCGGCUGCGGCCUUCCAGACGCCAACCCUACCCAGUCCCAAGGUCCGAGGGAGAUCAAUAGUCCCGGCGCGAGCAACGUUAGACCCGGGGCUUUGGAGCGCGGAGAUGAGCAUGGAGAACAUACGGACUGGGGAGAGCUCUACCUUUGAGUUUGACACCGUCGUUCGCACAUCCCAAUUCCAGAGACCAAUAUCUAACAUGGCCCCGCGACCGUUAGCCACGCACUCCUUCCCCAGUUCGGAGACCGCCUGGGCGAGUUUAGACCGCGCUUGUGCCGCCCACGGAGGCUGGAGCACGCCGUCGCCAGGGCUAUAUGUACGGAGUAGUUGCUCGACCUUACAACGGCCGACCAGGACCCUAGGCCAGGGUAGUAGUGUGCACUGUUCACACUCAAAAAUUGGGAAAUUGGGCCCUUACGGAGUACUACUCCGUGCAGUGCUACAUUAUUACUUUAUCAAGUCUGGCCUCAUGGAGGCAGGCAAGCACGGAGGCAGUCACAGGGCACAAGCCGCCGAGCAAAGCAAAGCAAAACGGAGAUCAGAACAAAAGGCCUGGCCAGCGUCGGACCGUCUCCGCGCUCUUCCUAGAUAG